AGCGCAGACGCCCCCUUGCGGGUCUCCGUCGCCGCGAGCCCCGAGUCCGGGCGCCGUGGGCGCGCCUCAGGAGGCGGGCCGGGGGUGGCCGUGUCCUAAGCCCCUGCUCACCUCAGCCUGCGGGACCGGCCGAGGGGCGGGGAAUCGCGCCGGAGCCUGGGGGUGCCUGGAACGCGCCCGCUGCCGAACCCCCGCAUUGCCGGCGCCGCGUCCCUGUCUGUUUCUUCGUGAUCAUAUUUUCCCUUCACUUCCCGACCGUCUUCGCUGUGUCUCAGGGCGUGGAGCCCGGGCGCUGCAGGAUUGUCUCAGGAUUUCGACUCCUUUGGAUGGAGUCAGUCCUAGCAUUUCCCCGUAGGGCUUCUUGAGCCCUAAAGCACCACUGUCAUGUUGGGGGAUGCCAUACUGGUGGCCAAAGGCCUGGCCAAACUGACUCAGGCUGCUGUGGAGAUGCACCUGCAGCACCUGGGCCUCAGUGGGGAGCUCGUCAUGGCUGCCAGGGUCCUGCAGUCCACAGCUGUGGAGCAGAUGGGCAUGGUCUUGGGGGCAGUUCAGGGUCAAGAUAAGCAUGAAGAGCCCCACACUGAGAGCUUUGAUGACCCAGAAGCAGAGUUCCACUUCUCAGGCUCUGGAGCGCCAGGAGCCUCCAGUGACUUCUCUGCAGCCUCAUCCCCUGACCAGUCUGUGGGCUCAACCCUGGAUCACGCCCUUAGGGAGGGUGCAGCUUCCACCUAUGUUGCCAGUGGACCCUUCAGGGAUGCUGGGCUCAUGGGCCAGGCCUCACCUCCUUUUGGCAGGGUGAAUGCAAGACUCUUUGUAGACCUCAGACACCCACUCUCUGCUUGUGGCCUGCAGCGAAGGUUCUUCCACCAGGACCCAUCUUCUUUGGGGGGUCUUACUGCCAAGGACAUUGAGAAGGCACGUCAGGCCAAGGCCCGCCCUGAGAGCAAGCCCCACAAACAGAUGCUGAGUGAGCGAGCGCGGGAGCGGAAGGUGCCAGUGACCAGGAUUGGGCGAUUGGCCAACUUUGGAGGUCUGGCUGUGGGUCUGGGCUUUGGCGCUCUGGCUGAGGUUGCCAAGAAGAGCCUUCGCCCUGAAAAUGCAACAGGAAAGAAGGCCGUGCUGGACUCGAGCCCCUUCCUGUCGGAGGCAAAUGCCGAGCGCAUCGUGAGCACACUCUGCAAGGUGCGCGGCGCUGCACUCAAGCUGGGCCAGAUGCUGAGCAUUCAAGAUGACGCCUUCAUCAACCCCCAUCUGGCCAAGAUCUUCGAGCGGGUGCGGCAGAGUGCGGACUUCAUGCCGCUGAAGCAGAUGACGAAAACCCUCAACAGUGACCUGGGGCCCAACUGGCGAGAGCAGCUGGAGUCCUUCGAGGAGCGUCCCUUUGCCGCUGCCUCCAUUGGCCAGGUACAUCUGGCCCGCAUGAAGGACGGCCGCGAGGUGGCCAUGAAGAUCCAGUAUCCAGGUGUGGCCCAGAGCAUCAACAGUGACGUCAACAACCUCAUGGCGGUGCUGAACAUGAGCAACAUGCUUCCCGAAGGCCUGUUCCCUGAGCACCUGAUUGAUGUGCUGCGGCGGGAGCUGGUCCUGGAGUGUGACUACCAGCGCGAGGCCGCCUGUGCCCGCAAGUUCAGGGAGCUGCUGAAGGAGCACCCCUUCUUCUGUGUGCCUGCGAUUGUGGACGAGCUGUGCAGCCCCCACGUGCUCACCACCGAACUAGUGUCGGGCUUCCCGCUGGACCAGGCUGAAGACCUGAGCCAGGAGGUCCGCAACGAGAUCUGCUACAACAUCCUGGUAUUGUGCCUGCGGGAGCUGUUCGAAUUCCACUUCAUGCAGACAGACCCCAACUGGGCCAACUUCUUCUAUGACCCUCAGCAGCAUAAGGUGGCUCUGCUGGAUUUUGGGGCAACACGAGAGUAUGACAGCGCCUUCACAGACCUCUACAUUCAGAUCAUCAGGGCUGCAGCUGACAGGGACCGGGAGGCCGUGCUGCAAAAAUCCAUAGAGAUGAAGUUCCUCACCGGCUACGAGGUCAAGGCCAUGGAAGAUGCCCACUUGGAUGCUAUCCUCAUCCUAGGGGAGGCCUUUGCCUCAGAGGAGCCCUUUGACUUUGGCAACCAGAGCACCACUGAGAAGAUCCACCAGCUGAUCCCCAUCAUGCUGAAGCACCGGCUUGUCCCCCCUCCGGAGGAGACCUACUCCCUGCACAGGAAGAUGGGUGGCUCCUUCCUUAUCUGCUCCAAGCUGAAGGCGCGCUUCUCCUGUAAAGCCAUGUUCGAGGAGGCCUACAGCAACUACUGCAAGCGGCAGGCUGAGCGGCAGUAGCGGGGGCUCCCCUGUGCAGACUGAAACUGUGGCCUGGCCUUGCUGUCUGGCUACUUUGCCCUGAGUGGCAGGCGGGCUCUGACAGGGCAGACGGGAUGCUGCUGGGAGCCCUUGCUGGUGUGUGCAUGGUUUUUAGGGCUAAUGGUUUGGGCUGAGUAAUGUAAAUGUAAAUGUAAUGUAAACUUCUGCUUCUGGGCUGGAGCACAGUGGAUAGCACAGCAGGUAGGGCGUUUGCCUUGCAUGCUGCCUACCAGUUUUGAUUCCUCCGCCACUCUCGGAGAGCCCGGAGAGCCCUGCAAGCUACCGAGUAUCUUGCCCCCAUGGCUACUGGUGGCAUAUUCCAUAUGUCAAAAACAGUAACAAGUCUCACAAUAGUGAUGUUACUGGUGCCCGCUGGAGCAAAUCUAUGAGCAACGGGAUGACAGUGACAGUGACAAUGUAAAUGUGAAAAUGAAACCCUAGUCACUUUAUGUCACAAUCUGCUUAUUCAUACAUCUGAAGUAAUUCUAGAUAAAGGGAAAAGGGAGACUUUUGCCUUCAGCUGCAUUUUUUUUUUCUUGAUGGGAAUUUUGAAUGUAAAUGUGCCCUAUGAAUUCCUGCCACCAAACCAACAAAACAUUGAAAAACAUCUAAAAACCAAAACCAACCCAAACCAAAUAGCAGGACUGUGUUGGGUGUUAUCAACUCUGUAGUGUGAGAUUUGUCCGA